UUCUUGUUAGCGUCGCGUGGACUGUCUGGGAAACGGAGAGCUCCUCAGUACGUUGCUCCGGGAAACCAGGUGUUCUUCGGAACGUUGUCCGGAGGCUUAAGAAGAAUGUGACAAUGGGGGCGCGUUUGACACGUGCGAUGCGGAACUUUAACCUAGAGAACAGAGCGCACAGGCAGAUCAGCAAAGAGAAGCCGAGGAUCGCACCGAGGCACCCGAGCAGUGAGGCACUGAUCGAGCAGCCGCUCAGCGACCACCCUGAAGUACAUGAAGCUCAUAACAAGAAUGAAAAACUUUUGUCUUUACUCAAAGAUGUUUAUGUUGAUUCCAAGGAUAUUCCUGCAAAGAAACAUGUAAGUGCUGAAACAUCCAAGCAGCUGCAAGAGCACAGACUUCUCAAAUCUACUUUGAAUUAUGAGCUGUUCAACAUUACAAAGGUUCCCAAAGGCAAGUUGAGCAUACCAGAGGCUCUUACAAUCCUCAACAACCACAAACUUCAGCCCAAAAUAUGGACAACUGACAAAAUAGCUGAAGAUUACAGUCUAGAACUUAAAGACGUUAAAGGACUGCUGGAAUUUUUCAAACCAUUUGAAAUAAAAAUUCUACCUCCAGAACAAAAUGAUAAAGAACGUAUAACUGCAAGUUAGUAAAUAUGCACACUUUCAGACUAUUCAUACUUUAAUUCUUUCUAUUAAAUGACUUUGAUAUCUUUACUGUAUUUAAGGUUUGCAAUGUGUUCAGGUCAUUGGAACAGUAUGGAUAUUGUGUCUGGAAGCAUUGGGCUUUUACUGAGACCUGUGGGUGAACUAGUACAGGGCCACAAAGUUGUAUUCUAGAUGUGAUCUACCCCACAAUAUAUUAUCAUCACUGCACUGUGGCUUUUCACUUGCUAACUGUUCAUAUUAUAGUGAGUGUCUCACUACAAUCUAUCUAUCCCAUUAAAACUCAGGAACAAUAAACCUUGGAAAUGUGCAACCACUCUGCCAGCUUCAUGUGGAUUACUGUAUUUUCCAGUUUCUAGUACAUGUUAGAAACUAUAAGCUUUAUACUGACUACUCACUGCCUGGUUUCAAUAAAGGCCUCUUGCUAUAUAAAAUUGUCUUUGCUUAAUCCUUGGUCAGCAAGGUGGUUAUCUCAAUGUGUUGUAUAUUGAGUUAGUUCUGUUAAUGUAAAAUGAGUGGUAAAGUGCAAAUAGAUUUCUUUAAUUCCUAUAAGCUUGUGAACGUACUUUAACCUUGGAUACAGUUAAAAUGUUUUGUCUACAAACAUUGGAAAUCCAAAUUGUGAAUAACAAUAUUUCAUUGCGGCUGUGAUUUCACUCCCCUCUAUUCAUUAGUGUCUUUCUAAGGUAGUUCUAAUUCGUUUCUCGCGCUAAAGCUUCAGAAUGUUUGGUUCCUCGGAUUGAUAAGUACAAGUAAAUUUGAGCAACCUUGCGGAUUUAAUAAAAGAGAAAGAAAGCU